AUGCCGAUUCCGUUCCCUGAGCUGCACCGGCGGGGUGCAAAUCGUUUGCAGAAGGACGCCGCUCGGAAGUUGGGGCUGAAUUUCUGCGUGCUGAUGCUCAAUCAUCUACAUGGCGUGCAGCUUCCUUGGAAAGCUGUGGUUCCUCCCUUGGGCACUCCCCUCAACAAAAGGCAGUGGGAGGCAGUCCAGAGGUUGAGGCCCCAUGUAGAUUGCUGGAAUGAGCAACCUGAGAUUGACAGCGAUGCCAUGGGCCGCGCUGCGGUCAAGGUGGAGGGCAUCGAGAUGUUGCUGGCAGACUUAGUGCGCCAGAGUGGCAGUUGGACAAGCAGCGCAUCACCUGAAGACCCCUCCAUGUCUUCGACAUUGGAAAGGCUGUUUCAACAACGAGCUGAAUGGGAAGUUCCUCUUUCCAAGUACAGAGGGCGACAGGAAGUUUUGCCGCGUAGCUGGGGCCACCGGCCGGCAGAAGGGGAAGCCGUAGGGAAGUCUACUGCAGCACCUCUACACCCAGCAAAAGCUCUUGAACCUGGUCGUCUUCGUUUUUGGGGAGUCCCAAGUUUUGAUCCAAGACCUUUCUUGGAUGAUGCGAAUGCAGCCAUGUUUGAGCAUCCCCUCCAGCAUGCUCUUUUACCGGAGGAAUCUCUAAGGCCGAUCCCCCGGGUGCAGGUCAGGCUUCAUCCCAAGGACAAGUUGAAGUUUCUCAGAACGCUGGACGCCUGCGGGCGUUUAGCCUUACGACCUGCGCGACUGGUGCGCUCAGGCUUUGAAAAUGGGGCCUUUGCCAUCCCGAAAGACGCACAACGGGAUCGCAUGGUUUUGGAUGCGCGUCCGCCCAACUGCUUGGAAAGAAGUGAGAGGAGAUGGAUCAAGUCUCUCGCAGGAGUCCAUCAGCUGUUGCAUUUCUUCUUGGAGCCCGAAGAGGAGGUGCAUCUUUUUGCAGAGGACUUGCGUGAGUUUUAUCACGCGUUUGUGAUAUCAGAAGAGCGCACCCUGCGGAACGCCUUCAAGUUGCGUGUGCAACCUCAUGAAGUCGAGAACUUGCAGUGUUUUCACAAAGGUUUGUAUGAGGAGACGGAACUGGUGCCCUGUUUGAAGACUAUGGCUAUGGGAGACACGAACGCAGUGGCGUUUGGGCAGGCUUCCCACUUAGGCGUUUUGCUGCAGUCUGAGGUUUUCAACUUGGAUGACUUCAUCACACUUCAUGGUCGUCCUCCUCGGCAGCGCUGGCUGGCAGGACUGGUCAUUGAUGAUCUGGUGUUGCUGGAAGCUAGAAAGCGGCAUGAAAGGCCACAAAGCAGUCUCUGCGCUGAGAAGAUUGAGGCCGUGAGAGCCCAGUAUGAGCGAGUAGGGUUGCCCAGGCAUGCAGGUAAGGCGGUUUUUGAUGAGACGUGUGGCAGUUUCUGGGGGGUGCAACUGGAUGGCAAAGCAGGGACAUUGCGUCCAAACAUGACACGGGCGAUCCCCUUGGCCAACAUCAUCUUACAGGUACUGCAACUUGGUCAUGCCACUGUUGGGUUGCUUGAGGUGAUUGCUGGAUCUCUUGUGGCAAUUUUUUCGUUGCGGAGGAGGUUCAUGAGUUGUUUGGAAGAGAUCUAUGCAGCACAACAAGGGCGAAGUCGGCAGACUGUUAUCAGUCUUUCAGCUGCACUGCAGGAUGAGCUGUGCAUGGCAGUGGCAUUGCUUCCUUUGACCGUGAUCGACAUGCGCCUCCAGCCUUCUGCAAGGCUGGUAGCAUCAGAUGCCUCUUCCACAGCGGAAGCAGCAGUGUCCGCCGAAGUGGGGCCACAGUUCACCGCCGAAGCUCAACGCCAUGCUUUACAAAAGGGACUUUGGAAUCGCCUGGUGAGCCCUUACCAGGCGUACUGCAAGGAGAAGGGCUUUGAAUGCGACGCAGGAGAGUUGCCGGAUGGGAAAUAUGAGAUGCAUCCGCUCUGGCAAGAGGUAGUGCAGGCCGAAGUGUUUGCACCGUUUGGUCAGGUCCGCAAGAGCAAGAAAAGGAGGCAUAUCAACAUUGGCGAAGUGCGCGCUGCUUUGGAAGCAGAAAGAGAAUUGGGAGAGAGGGAGCCCGACAGCUACUACUUGCACUUGCAGGAUUCUCAGGUGAGUCUUGCGGCAUUGGUGAAGGGACGAUCGUCUUCCAGACACUUGAACAAAGAGAUCCGUGCUUCGAUACCGGAUCAUGUUGUCUCUAAUGUGAGACCCUUCUACGGGUUCGUGAGGAGCAAGCUGAACCCAGCCGAUGACCCUACGAGAGACGCACCUCUCCGGCGCCCCUCGAAGGAACAAGCCCUAUGGAUGCAGGAGCUGAAGAAGGGCAACUGUGACGCCUUCGAUGCGGAGCUCAGCAAAUGGGGGCUGGAUUUGCAGCAGUUGCGAGGGCUACCUGAAGAAAGCGAGCUAUGGAGGAAGAUGCCUGACAAUCUAUUGAAUGGCCGCCAGAAAAAGUUUUCGACCUGGGCACAGAACAAGAAGAAGAAGCAGCCGAUGCAGCCUGCAUGGCCCGUGACGCAGGUUGAGCACAGUCUCCCUGUGGGUGGUUUGGGCCGGUCCCGCGACCGACCCCUCCGCCCUGGUGAGGAUGAGGAAACCUCGACUGCGAUGGUCGGGGGGGCCCUCCCAGGUGCACACCCUAUAUCGGGCCCCGGCGCAUCCGGCGAAGCAGAGCUCCAGCGAGUCUCAACUUGCAGACAUCAGCCGCCCUUGACCGUGACGCAGGUCGAGCCAGGUCUCCCUGUGGGUGAAGCUGACGAUCGACCCCGCUGCCCUGGUGAGGAUGAGGAAACCUCAGCUGCUGUGGCUGGGGGGGCCCUCCCAGGAGCACACCCUAUAUCGGUCGGGCAGGCAGUUGUGACGCUGGAAACAGACGCAGCCUCCUCAACAGAAGGGCAGAAAAUGAGCAAGCGCUACACCCAGCAGUCGGGCAGGACCGUGACGCAGGUCGAGCCAGGUCUCCCUGUGGGUGUGGUGGGCCGGUCUGACGAUCGACCCCACUGCCCUGGCGAGGAUGAGGAAACCUCAACUGCGAUAGUUGAGGGGGCCCUCCCAGGUGCGCACCCUAUAUCGGUCCGACAGUCGACUGCGGCGCUAGAUGGCGCGAACAAGGAGGAUGUUCAGCGCACAGGCGUUUGCAGUGAAGCCCGUGCCCUACUGUUGCAGCUGCCUAGGAGCCAGUUCCUUUGGAGCAAGAGCUUUGACAGUUUAGAGGACGCUCUCGACCGCUGUCGAGGCGUGUUAGACCUGUUUUCAGGUUCCCACGGAGUGGCCAAGGCGUGCGUUGAAGUUGCGGAGGUGUGGGUCCUUACGUUUGAUAUCCAGCAUGAUGACAGCGAGGACCUGCUGGAUCCCAAGGUGCAGCAGUUGCUAAGUAGGUUGCUCACACUCCGCAGCUUUUUAGCCAUGGGCGCAGCUCCGGUGUGCGCAUCUUUUUCAGUUGCCAUCACCCCUCCUUGCAGAAGUUUGGAAUAUCCCCAAGGUUUACCUACUUGCUCUGAAAAGCAAAAACUAAAGAACGAGCAAGGCAAUCUGAUGCUGAAAUUUGUUCUGGAGAUGGUUCUGUUGUGCCUGCAGUUAGGUAUCUAUUUUUUCGUGGAAAAUCCUGAUGGCAGCUGGAUGUGGCGGCAGACCCGAGAACUCUCUUGGAAGCAGAUUCUGAGUUUUAAAACUGGGGUUUCCUUCACGAAGUUGGCGGAGCCCUAUCCGCGCAAACUGUGUCUGACCCUGGCUCUGGCGCUGAUGGCUGAUGCUGGCAAGCUUGGUGCACGCCGACGUUUGGAUGUAGCUGCAUGUGCAAAAGCUGGUUGCUGCCGCAUUGGGGAAGCAAUCAACCCUGGACCUCGGCGAUCGCGAUUGCGACCCGAGGUGGACUUGGCUCUGGCGCUGAUGGCUGAUGCUGGCAAGCUUGGUGCACGCCGACGUUUGGAUGUAGCUGCAUGUGCAAAAGCUGGUUGCUGCCGCAUUGGGGAAGCAAUCAAUUCUGGACCUCGGCGAUCGCGAUUGCGACCCGAGGUGGACUUGGCUCUGGCGCUGAUGGCUGAUGCUGGCAAGCUUGGUGCACGCCGACGUUUGGAUGUAGCUGCAUGUGCAAAAGCUGGUUGCUGCCGCAUUGGGGAAGCAGUCAACCCUGGACCUCGGCGAUCGCGAUUGCGACCCGAGGUGGACUUGGCUGGAAUAGAACUGCUGGAGCCGGCGACUAUAGCCAUACGUGAGCGGGUGACUGAAAGCUUUUUGUCCUGGUUUUCCUCUGAAUACCCGGACGCGGACUUUGCCACCUGGGCAGGGGCUGUACCCUCGCUUGCAGUGUUAGCUCUGGUGGCUUUUGGGCAUUACAGCUAUGACAUGGGCACCCCGCUGCUUUACUACCGGCAGCUGCUUGCUCAUAUGCAGCGUUCUUUUCUACAACUCAGGCCGUUCAUGAUGACUGCCUGGGAGACAGUUUCGAAGUGGGAGCUUAUGGAACCAACGCAGCAUCGACCUCCUCUACCUGAGCCGCUGCUACAUGCCAUGACCGUCUUGGGCAUAAGUUGGGGUUGGCCUCGGUGGAGUGCGGUCUUGCUUGGGUGCUUUUAUGCGAUCUGCAGAGUUGGAGAAUUUCUGACGGCUCAGCGGAAGGACGUCCUGACUCCUCAAGAUCUGUUGUCUGAUGAAGCAGUGAUUUAUUUGCAAAUAAAACUGCCUAAGACACGGCGUCGAGGGGCUGCCGUCCAGUAUGCUACAAUCAGUGAACCUGCCGUGGUGCAAUUUUUAUGCUCAAUUUGGGACAGGUUGAAACGGGACGAGUUUUUGUACCCUGGUUCUGCAGGCGCUUUUCGUAGCAGAUGGGAUGCAGCUCUGAAGCAUAUUGGCAUUGGGAAACAGCAUAGGCUGACACCCGGGUCUCUUCGUGGAGGAGGGGCCGUUGCUUGUCAUAGGAGAGGCAUUCACAUUUCGGACCUGCUUUGGAAGAUGCGCCUACAGCAUCAACGUACACUGUCCUAUUAUCUCCAAGAAACGACAGCGAUGUCAGUCUUGCCUGCACUGGAAGAAUCGGUGCGAACCAAGGUGCAGUUCCUAAGGGACGCAUUGCCGUUGUUUCUUCACCAACGUGGCCCUGCAGCGCACACCUCGUGCAAAGAAGUCGCCGACCGCCUUCGUACUCGCUGUCAGCCCAGGUGA